UGUGUGGCCUCGUCUUGACCGUGGUAACUAAUCCAAGCGGCAGAGACGAGCGCAGCAGUAGGUCGCGACGUCCAGGACUGAGCCGAGGUUUGCGAGCGGGACCGGGACAGACGGAGGCUGCGCUGCUUGCAGGACUUCCGCCCACAGGACCUCCCGGCUGCGCUUUCAUUUCUUUCCCCGGCGCGACAAGUGGCUCUUUGGGACUCGGAGGGAUUCGUGGAGACUGUUUACCGAGCGAGCUUCCAGUUCCCGAGUCGAUCACCUCGGCAUGGCUUCAACAACCUGCACCAGGUUUACCGACGAGUACCAGCUGUACGAGGAGCUGGGGAAGGGGGCCUUCUCUGUGGUGAGGCGGUGCAUGAAGAUCUCCACGGGGCAGGAGUAUGCUGCAAAGAUAAUCAACACCAAGAAGUUGUCUGCUAGAGAUCACCAGAAGUUGGAGCGCGAGGCCAGGAUCUGCCGCCUGCUGAAGCACUCCAACAUCGUGCGGCUGCACGACAGCAUAUCAGAGGAAGGAUUCCACUAUCUGGUCUUUGACUUAGUCACUGGUGGCGAGCUGUUCGAGGACAUCGUUGCCAGGGAGUACUACAGUGAAGCUGAUGCCAGUCACUGCAUUCAGCAGAUCCUAGAGGCUGUGCUGCACUGCCACCAGAUGGGCGUGGUCCACCGCGACCUCAAGCCAGAGAAUCUGCUUCUGGCCAGCAAGCUGAAGGGCGCUGCAGUCAAGCUGGCAGACUUCGGCCUGGCCAUCGAGGUUCAAGGAGAUCAGCAGGCGUGGUUCGGAGUGAUCCUCUACAUCUUACUCGUGGGCUAUCCUCCCUUCUGGGACGAGGACCAGCACAGGCUGUACCAGCAGAUCAAAGCUGGGGCGUAUGAUUUUCCCUCCCCAGAGUGGGACACGGUGACCCCCGAGGCCAAAGACCUGAUCAAUAAGAUGCUGACCAUUAACCCAGCCAAGAGAGUGACGGCCACCGACGCACUCAAACACCCCUGGAUCUGCCAACGCUCCACUGUGGCAUCCAUGAUGCACAGACAGGAGACUGUGGAGUGCCUCAAGAAAUUCAACGCCAGGAGGAAACUCAAGGGUGCCAUCCUGACAACGAUGCUCGCCACUCGAAACUUCUCAGCAGCCAAGAGCCUGCUGAAUAAAAAACCGGAUGGUGUCAAAAUCAACAACAAGGCCAAUGUGGUCACCAGUCCUAAAGAGCCUGUCCCCACUCCUUCUCUGGAGCCUCAAACCACUGUUAUCCACAACCCAGCUGAUGGAAAUAAGCUCGAAAGCAGGAGAUCAUCAAGGCCACUGAGCAGCUGAUUGAGGCCAUUAACAAUGGAGACUUUGAAGCCUACACGAAGAUAUGUGAUCCUGGUCUCACAUCCUUUGAACCUGAAGCCUUGGGUAACCUGGUGGAGGGCACAGACUUCCACCGCUUCUACUUUGAGAACGCUCUGUCUAAGGGGAAGCAGCCCAUCCACACCAUCCUGCUCAACCCUCACGUCCACCUCAUUGGCGAUGACGCCGCCUGCAUUGCCUACAUUCGCCUCACCCAGUACAUCGAUAGCAGCGGCAUGCCUCGCACCAUGCAGUCAGAGGAGACUCGCAUCUGGCACCGCCGUGACAGCAAGUGGCAGAAUAUCCACUUCCACCGCUCCGGCUCUCCCACCAUUCCCACCAACUGAGAUGACCUCCACCACCUUCCAGCCUACAGCAGUCAGCUGACUGACUUCUGCCGUCUUUCCAUCGGAUGCCCAAGCCACGCCUCCCCCUCGUUUGCUAGCGCUCUGCCCUCUCAGUGUGUUGUUUACAUUGUCGCUGCUGAACUGAAGUUUAUUCUAAAUGUAAAGGAGUUCAAACUUUGACAACAUCACUUUGUAGAGAGAGUGCAGGGUGUUCAACAUAUCUCUGUUUGCAGCAUUUUUAUUACUGGUUUCUUGAUAUAUUCUUUUUUAAAUAGAAGUGGACUCUAAUGGUGCCACUGGUUCCACUUGAUUUUAAUGGGCUAGUCUGUGAAGCUCCCAGUCAGGAUUACACAUGUUGUGCUAUUGUGAUAUUUUUACCUUUUGGCACAAUGACCGAUAUCAAACUUUUUAAUCACGUUUCUGUUUCCAGACACAAGCCUGCUUUGUUUGGCUGAUCCAUAGGUUUUGGUAAUCAUGUAAUUUGCUCUUUGCUUGAUCCAUAUGAGUUGACUUAUCUUACUGAUGUAUGUUUACUAGGAACUGUAACUACAUGUUUAAAAGGGAAACUGUUUGUUUUAGUGAGUUCGGUCAUCACGGAGCAUCGUGGGAGGAAGUGUAGACAUAGAUUCUUAAAGCCAUUCUGACUCCUGCCAGUCACAUUUUCGUACAAUAAGAAGUUAAUUAUGUGAAUCUGUUUGUUUACAUUUUACAGUGUGAUAUUGAUGCCUGUCCUUCUCCUUACUUACCUUUAAGAACAUCCUCCGUAUUUCAUCCUCUGCUUAAAGUCGAACCCUGUUUAACCGUGUAAAUCAGUUUGCUAAGUUUCAUCACUGACCGGGUUACUCAUGCUCAACACUCAUUAUGUUACGUUAUAGUUAUUUUAGUGCCACCAUCUGACUGAAAGGGAAACGGUUGUUGUGGAGAUCACAGGGAACAAACUUUAAUUCCAGAUUGAACUGAGUGCAGAGGAAGCCGUUAAAGACAGUCACAGGUGUGUUUUUGUGUUAAAUAAUCACUGAAAUAUUUAGAGAACUGCUUCGUAUUGAUUUCUUUGAUCACAUUUGUCCAUUUCAAAGGACACUUUGGGUUUAUCUUUGUGAUUGAACUGUAUGAUGGGCUGCUGGUAUUUAAUGUUGCCAUGAUGGGCCAAGCCUGAUGUUUAAGAAAUCUCAAAUAAAAUGUGAUUUAUGCCAAUGA